GUUCGUUUUUCCCUUCUUUAGUCCAAGAUCACCCAAGAGGAACAGAUGGCCUACCAGGGUUUAGUGGAAAGUCCGACUCCAGAAGCCAGCCAGCUGAUGGUCACAAAUCCAUUAAGAAUGCUAAGAACUGGACAGCCUGUUAUAACGACUCGCACAAGAUCUGCAAGCCUGGCAACUAGUACAUUGCCAUCAAAGUUAAACGGGAUAGCUAGGAGUUCUAUUCCAGAUAAUUUACAUGACAGACCAGGUUCUUUCUCAACACUGCCGAAGAAUAUUAAUACUCACACAGCUCACAGAACGUCAUCCGUGCAUCCUAGACUCCAAAAUGACGCUUCUAAAGAGGAGAAUCCUAUACCUUUACCUCCUAGAGAUAGGAAUAAGACACUUUUGACAGCUAAACCGAGACAUACGAGGAAACAUCCGUUGAUUAUACCGCCUACUAGUGCACAAGGACGUUGGAUAAGGUUAAUACAGUGUCUCCGUUAAACAAGACGUCUCCAGAUCCUUUUCCCAGCCCUGUUGAGCCUGCCUAUUCCAAUGAUGUCAUGCAGAUAGCUGAGAAAAAUCCCGAAUCUGUACAUUUCGAAGAGCAGAUUGAAUCAAAUCUAAACGCGUUGGAUGACAUUCAUUCUGAUCAUGACGUAGUCGACGGUGGGGACUUCAAGAAUGAUGGGGAGAAGGUACAUAGUCAUCAUGUAAGUUGCGAAGAUCUGCUGAAAUUUGCCAAUACGAAACCCAGCUCAAG